UCGCGCGAGCGUUUCACCGUGUGCUCUUGUUUGCAUAAUGGCGGACAAAGAAGUGUUAAUGCGAGGAAACGACGAUAAAGUUUUACAUGCAAUAUUUCAUCCACAUCUUCCACUUCAGCCAGAAAGUGAGUUGCUCGUGGACGAGGCAGCAAACGAUAAAACAGAUCAAGAAAUACCGGAUGCUUUUAAAAAAAUCGAGGUUGAUGCAGUUAACCAAGCCCAAGAUGGAAAUCUUCUUUACAGUUUAGAUCUGUUUAAUAGGCUUGUUAAAGAACUUCCUAACUAUGCUUCCGGUUAUAACAACAGAGCACAACUAUUUAGAAUUCAAGGGGAUAACGAUUCUGCAUAUGAAGAUUUAAACAAAGCCAUUUUGCUAAGCAGAGGAAAAGGUCGUGUGGCAUCACAAGCCUUCGUACAAAGAGGACUAUUAUAUAAACUGAAUAAUGAAAACGAAAAAGCCACAAAGGAUUUUCAGUCAGCAGCAAAACUUGGAAAUACUUUUGCUAAGCAGCAGAUAACAGCAAUGAAUCCUUACGCUGCAUUGUGUAACCAAAUGUUAGGUGAGAUGUUUUCAAAAAUAUACAACGGUGAGCCUGACAUGUGAUUUUGUCCAAUAAGUUUCGCAGUAAAUACUCAAUAUUUUUUGUUACUUGUGUUAAUUGAAGGUGUAAAUAUUUUUAACUUUCUGAGAAUUGGGUCGGAUUUUAGGUCUUAUUUUUUCACUUUCCUGUACCACGAAGUUUAACUCACUUAGUUGUAAAACAUUUUUGUACGACAAAACAAAGUGCAUUUGUAAUUUCAUAUUUAGUAGUAUAAUAGUACAUUAUAUUUAAGUUUUGUUAUUUUUUAUAUUUAAUUUUAUGGAUAUCUGCCUUGUAAAUUUCGCCAAACUGUAUAAAUAUUUUGUAAUCAAACUCGCAGUUGUAGUAAACAGUGUGUAUCAUAAAAUAAAGGGGCAUACAGAA